AUGAAUAAAAAUUUGAACGCUUCAAUCAAUUCAACUGUUCAAUAUUGUACUGUUUGUCAUCGCAUAUUUAAUCAAGGUGAAUCAUGGUUUUAUUGUCCAAGUUGUCUUCAUUGUCAUGUUUGCGAAAUGUGUAAGACAAGAAUGGAAUCAUCACAUUCUCAUCGUUUAAUUCGGAAAUUUUCUCUUGAUUAUGGAAUAGAGAAAAUCUGUACUCGACCUGAUAUGGCGAGUCGAAUUCUAUCGGCAAUUUAUUUUCAUUCGGAACGUUCAUGUUUUGGUGUAAGAAAUUUUUCUAAUGAUGAUUCAGAUAGUAAUGAACAUUCUUACGUUUGGUUAACAUUUAAAAUCAUUGGUCAAAGAAUAAAAAAUUUUAGUUAUGGAUUAGAACAUUUUAUAAAACCACAUUAUCAUUUAGCGAUCUGUGCCGCUAAUCGACCUGAAUGGUUAAUAACAGAUUUAGCCUGUAUUUUGCAAAGUAUUAUCAGUGUACCAAUUUUUCAUCAAUCGAAUGAUCGUGAUAUGACAUUUAUAAUUAAUCAUACAAAUAUAUCCGUUAUUGUUUGUGAUAAACAUAUAUUACAAAGAUUAAUUCGAUUACAGUCUAAAUGUUCAACAGUACGUCAUAUUAUAUGCAUGGAUGAUGUGUCUGACAUGAAUUCUAGUAAGUCUUUAUUGUUUUGUUCAUAG